AUGCGAAUGGCUGUUGACUUAAACUGCGAAGCAUCGGCGGGCAGUCCGCGCUUCGCACUCCACGAGCACGUUCCCGAUGCUAUCCCAUCAGACUGCCCCGACGAGAGCAUCAAAAACGACGAGCUCUUAUCCCCAAGAGCGCGCGCCGAUGCUACUUCCGGCAACGCCGCAAUAGUUGCCGCCCAUGUCGAACUCUCAGACCACGACAACCAGGCGGAACACCCGGUGAACGACGACUAUGCCUGCCCGAAGAAGCGCGCGCGCGCGUCUCGCAAGGACCCAGCGGUGCGCGUUCCCGUGGGCACGCGCGUGCGCGUGCUGUGGCCGCGCGACGGGCAGUGGCACGCGGGUCGGGUUACCAAGUUCGACGCGAAGAAAGCGCUGCACACGGUGACGAUUGACCGCGGGGAGUCGAAACGGAUCGACCUGCGCGUUGUGCCAUGGAGCAUACUUGUCGAAGGAGCCCUGCAUCCGGGUAGCGGUAACAUGCACAUUGGACUCGCAGGAAGCGUGCACCUUGGCGGUGGCAGCGUGCGCCAAAGCGAGGGCGCGUAUAUCGCGGACGGCGUGAGUUACUCGUCGAGCCAGCUCCACAGCCGCGCCUCUUCUUGGCAGGGACACCAUCCGCCCGCCUAUGGCGGCUCCAUGCCAGUUGCACCUCCCCAACUUCUGCCUCCCCCUCCUCCUCCGCUACGGCUCGAGCUUCCGUGGCAGGCGCAAGCGCAACCUGCGCCGUACUCCGCGCAGCAAACGCAGGGACAGCCCGCGGGUAGCCAUGGCCAGUACAACACUGUGCAGCACAUGCAGGUGACGCAGCCGCUUGAGUACCAACAGCCUAGUUACCAGCAGCCUGAUUACCAGCAGCCCCAAAUGCAGCAGCCACAGCAGCGCCAGCCGGUGCAGGAGCCUUCCCCCGCCCCCGCGCAGCACUACUACCCGCAGGAGUACGCGCAGCAACAGAGCUACCAGUACGCGGAGCAUCAGCAGCAAAUCUUGUAUCCGCAGCAGCUGCGGGGAGUGGCAGCGCAUGCGGAAUACACAAGCGCGCAGCCCGUCAUUCCCGCGGAUCCAACAUCGCGCUCUCCCCCCGCGCUGCUUCACAUCCCCGCGUUCGCUCCCGCGCCGCCGUCAGCGCGCCCUGCGGAUGCCCCUUGCCCCUGCUGCCACCGGCGCAACCCCCCCGCCCCCGUAUCUACCGCGCCCCUCGUUUAUAAAUCCCUUCCUCAUGCUCCUCCGCCUGAAGUUCCGCCUCGUAUUAGCGCGCCAAUGCCUUGGCGGGGAAAUGGAGCUCCUCCUGCUUCCCCAGUCAUCAGCGCGGCACCUACAGGGGGAACUGCGGAAAGCGCGUACGCGGGGGAGAGCCGGGCAGGUACUGGCGCAGGGUCGUGCGCGCAUCUUCCUUACCCUUGCGGGAGCAGCGGGAGCCGAUGGACUGGCGGACCCGCGGGGGGUCCGCAAGCGGGAUGCACUGGCGGGGGGAAUGCGUGCGGUCACGGCUGCACGCAGGGGUACAGUGGCGCAACGUAUGAAAUGCAGCAGCAACCGAUGUACGAGGAAGGCGCACGCGGUCGUGUAUUUGACCAGCGAGUAUCGGGUCAGGCGCAUCCGCAGAGCUAUGCGGAAAGCUCGCCGCUUCCCCGGGGCGCACAAACAGCGGCCUGGCUCCCCUCCCCCGCCGUCACGCAGUCUCAUCGUCACCGCGACGUACCAUGCGCGCCCCUUUCCCCCAGCUGCUGGACUUACGGCGAUCAGCGCACAGGGCCCGCUGCGGUGGAGCAUCCUGCGGAAGCCGCCGUGCAGCAACCGCGACUUGGACAGGACAGGCGCGCGAAUAACCAGCGUCUCGUGGUCGUAGUCGCAAGCAGCAGUGGCAGCGGCGUGGACUCGGACAGCUGCAGCGGCGACGGCGACGGCGACGGCGACGGGAGCGGUCGCCGCGCGGGCGUGGUGUGGCCGGUCACGAGCGACGAGAUGAACACCACGGUGGCGGAAAUGCCCGUGGCGGUUCUGGGCGGGCAGAUGAACGGGCAGCAGGACGGGCAGAUGGCAGAGUCAGAGGACACGCGCAGGCCGUCGAAAAAGAUCGAGGAGGUGAAGUUUGGGGAGUGUUUGAAGAAGAGAAAAAGGGAGGAGGUGUGCGGAGAAGCGGGCGCAGCGAGCGAGAAAGACUACCAGCGUGCAGCUGCUGUUGCAGCGCCAUCGCCAGUGAAGCCCGAAAUGGCGGAUUGCGACAUGGAGGCUGUCGAGCUCAUCCUGGCCGUCGCUCACCAGCUGCGCGACGGCAAGGAGCCGCAGGCAACACCGCAUGCGACGGACCAUGCGAUUGAGGGCGGAAGGGAGGAGGAAGGCGUGCGAAAGCUGCACGAGGAUAGAGGCGCGGAGGACGAUUGGGUCGAGGGCAAGGGCGAGGUGGGGAGCGGUGGAGGAGCAGCAGGUGCGACUGCUGAAGCGUCUGGAGUUCCAGAAGAAGUACCAGCUGCAGCGGCGCCAGCAGCAGGAGACGACAAGCAGAGAUUCCCGGCGUGUUCCUCUGGUCCCUUCCCGCCUCUGCACCCUGUGGCUGCCACCGUGCACAUGGCUUCUGCGGGGCUGCACGGCUCGCACCCUCACACUCUCACUCCCGUGUCUCUCUCUGCCAGCUCAGACAGUGACUGCACGGGGUCCGACCACAGCAAGCCCGGCGCAUGGGGCUUUGCCAUGCGGCCCUGUGGCGGCUGUGGGGUUGGUGGCCAUCGUGUUCUGCUUGCGCGCGCGUCGUAUGGUAGUGAUUGUAUCUUCGACUGCACUCAGGUUUCUAAACUAGAUGUGCUCAUGCGUCCCGCGUUACGGGUCGAGAGAUUCAGGCUAAUGGAGGCGUUUCCGAGCCUGGGGCAUAGCUGCGUAGAGCGCGCGUUCCUGGACGCUAAAUACGACGUGAACCUCGCAGCAGCCGUGCUCGCAUCAUCGCAAGAACAGCCUGCGACCGACCUUGCUGCUGCUGGUGGUCCUUCUGGUGACUCUGGUGGUGCUGCUGGCGGCAAAGGCGGUGCAACGCAAGGCGGAGCAGCAGUCAAGGAUGGCGCAGCAGCGCGCCAAGCGCUGGAGCAGGAGCACCGGUGGUGGGAGGAAGCCCCUUUUGCUGCAGCAGGAAGGGCGGCGGGGGAGGUAAAGGCGGAGAGGGGGUUGGAACGAAAAACUGAUAUACAGGGGAGUGGCGCGGGUGGGGAAGAUGAGGACGUGUUCGUGUGGGGUGAUGGGGGGUGGGAAGCGGUGGACGAGUGCACGAACGAAACAAGAGGUGGGGGGCAUUUGAACAGGCAGGGGAACGCGCAGGGGCAGGAGAAAGGGCGGGGUGACGAGAGGAGGAGUAGGAAGAGCAAGGGAAAGAAAAAGGUGGAAGAUAAAGUUGAUGUGAUUCCGGAAGUGGAGGGGAAGGCGUUUCGUGGUGGGGGGGGAACGAGUGAAGGGGGCAAGGAAACGACACAGCAUGACAGCAAGAGGAGGCUCGUGGGCGGGCAGGCGGAUCAGGGCGGAGGGGAGGGCGCACAGGGAGGGGGAGGGGCAAGGGGGGAAAAGGGGGAAGGCGGAUGGGGGAGUGCGUAUGGUGAUGUGGAGAUGGAGGAUGCAGAGGGAUGGUACCCUGGGGGGGAGGAUGCUGCUGCUGCUGCUGCUGCUGCUGGGGAUGAUGCUGCUGUUGGUGUUGGUUCUGCUCUUGCUGGUGCUGGUGGUGCCGCUAGUGCUGAUGGUCAGUUGAGGCGUGGUGGGGUUGGUGGGGAGCAGCAGCAGCAGCAGCAGCAGCAGCAGCAGAAGAGGUUGGGAGUGGUACAGAUGGAUGAGAAUAUGGAAGAUGCAUUCCAAGCCAGUGCUGCUGCUGCUGCUGCUGCUGCUGCUGCUGGUGAUGCUGCUGGUGAUACAGCUGCUGGGAGUGCAAGGGGCGAUGAGCAAAAGCUGGCCACGCUCUGUGACGCCUUCCCUUCCUUUGACCGCGCUGUUGUCGCUGCGUUCUUGGAGUCUCUGGAGGGCGACAUGGAUGGAGCAGCACACGCACUGCUGGCUCAGGAGACAGCAGCAAAGGCUGCCGCCCCCUCUGCACCUGCUCCUUCAGCUGGUGCUGCUAGUGGUGCUGCUGCUGCUGAGGUAACAGCAGGCAGGAGUGUACGGCAUCAGUUAGGAGCGAAGAAAGAACAGGGAGGGGGAGUGGAGGAGAGGGCGGUGAUGGAGCAGCUGUUGCUGCUGUACCCGCGGGUGGACCGUGACUCGCUCCUGCAAGUGCUGCGCGCCUGUGCCGGCUCCCUCAGUGACACGUGUGCCUUUCUUGACAGCUCAGAGGUGGCAGCAGAAGCAGAAGCAGCCGCCCGAGGUUCAAGCACCCAGCGCAGCAGGGCACAUGCAGCACAGAGAGCGGGGCAGAGGAGGCGGGAGGAGGUGCCUCUGUGGAAGUGGAGGGCCCAGCACAGAGCUGCAGAGCGCGCUGCUGCUGCUGCUGCCGCUGAUGCUGGUGCUCGUGCCGGCGGUUAUGGUGCUGCUGAUGGCGGAGUUGGUGGCGAUGGUUAUGCUGGUUCUGAUGGUUAUGGUGCCGCGGAUAAUCACGGCUAUUGGGGUGAGGGUGUGGCAAGUGCUGUUCAGGCAGAUGCUGGUGCGGGUACCCAGCUACGUGUGAAUGAAGGCGGUGCUGCUGCUGCUGCUGCUGCUGCUGCUCCUCCAGCUGCGGUGGCUGCUCCUGCUGCUGCUGCACCAAUAGGGCGUCCCGCCUCUCCUCCCAAGUCCUCCGACUGCUACAAGCGGCAUCGUGAGGCGGCGUUUGAGAGGAAGAGGAUGAUGCAGUAUUACUUCCGAGAGGCUAGUGAGGCGUGGAGGCGAGGGGAGAGGCAACGAGCAGCAGCCCUUGCAGACAAGGGACACGAGUAUCGGGAGGAGUAUCAAGAGCUCAUGCAAGAAGCAGGGCAACGCAUUUUUAGGGAGAACAACGAGCGGCUGGGCAACAACAUGGAUGUGGAUCUGCACCACCUGCAUGUGGACGAGGCAUUGCAGCACCUGCAGCUGCACCUCACUCUCCUGCAAACCCUACCCACUCUCAGCAGCAUAACGGUCAUCACUGGUAGAGGCAAGCACAGUGCUUCUGGGCAGGCCAAAAUCAAACCUGCGGUGCACCGGUACUUGCAGGAGAGAGGAGUGGGGUGGCAAGAGCAGAACGCAGGCAGCAUCCGCAUCACCCGCUACAACCUGCCUCCGGAUCCCAUCCGUAGAUGA